AUCAGAGCACAGCCCUCAGUCACAUGGUGUGCUGUUGGUUUUCACCCAGGACCGAAGGAGCCAAGUCAAACCCCGGACCGCACCUACAGCACGGCCAGAACUGGCAGCGGGUCCGUUCUUGUUCCCAGCGGAGGAUAACUUUGAGCUUUGGGCCACUUUGUAGCGCAAUCAAGUGAAAUACCGCGAUAUUUGACCACCACGCCCGGAGCUCCGCUGCAACCAGGGGUAAAAGUCGUCGCUUCAGUGUUUGGGUUGUUGCAUAAAGUUAAUUUCCUCUUCACAGCAGAGACACGAGCGCGCAUCAACAGAUUUCGAUAAACGUCUCUUUGACUUGAAGUUAGUUCGUCGAACCUUGUCUCCAGCUCAGGAUUAAAACGUGUGAAGCCUCGUCCCGGAGCCAUGGUUCUGAGCUCCAUGGGAGCCUGCUGCCUCAGCCCGGAGGCCAAAGAGGCUCGUCGGAUCAACGAGGAGAUCGAGAGGGAGCUGCGCCGUUACAAGAAGGAGACCCGACGGGAAUUCAAGCUCCUCUUGCUCGGAACUGGUGAAAGUGGGAAAAGUACUUUCAUCAAACAGAUGAGGAUUAUUCACGGCCGCGGGUACUCUGAGGAGGACAGGAGGAGCUACACCCGGCUCGUCUACCAGAACAUCUUCACAGCCGUGCAGGCCAUGAUCCAGGCCAUGAAAAUGUUACAAAUCCCCUACAGCCACGAGCACAAUGAGGCCAACGCCGGCGUUGUCAGCGCGGUGGACGUGGAGAAGGUGACGACGUUGACGGACCUGCACGUGGACGCCAUCAAGAGCCUCUGGAGCGACCCGGGAAUUCAGGAGUGUUACAUUCGGAAGAGGGAAUACCAGCUGUCAGACUCCACCAAAUACUACCUGAACGACCUGGACCGAAUUGCUGACGCUGCGUAUCUGCCGACGCAGCAGGACGUCCUGCGAGUCCGCGUCCCCACAACGGGCAUUAUAGAGUACACGUUUGACCUGGAGAAAGUGGUCUUCAGGAUGGUGGAUGUCGGCGGCCAGCGCUCCGAAAGGAGGAAGUGGAUUCACUGUUUCGAAAAAGUCACUUCCAUCUUGUUCCUGGUGGCGCUCAGCGAGUACGACGAAGUCCUUGCUGAGUCAGAUAAUGAGAACCGAAUGGAGGAAAGCAUGGCCUUGUUCCAGACAAUCAUAAACUACAGGUGGUUCAGAAAGUCCUCAAUAAUCUUGUUUCUCAACAAGAUCGAUUUACUGGAGGAGAAAAUCAUGUAUUCGCAUUUGGCCGACUACUUCCCUAAAUACAAUGGUCCCCGGCAGGACGCCCAAGCAGGACGACAGUUCAUCCUGAAUCUGUUCCACAGCCUCAAUUCCAACGAGAAGAAAAUCAUCUACUCGCACUUCACCUGCGCCACGGACACGGACAACAUCCGCUUUGUGUUCCGCGCGGUGAAGGACCACAUCCUGCAGGAGAACCUCGAGGUGUACAACCUGGUGUAACCCGCCGGCGUUGCCGCGGUGACCCCGCCGCCUGUGCACCGCUGGCAGCCGGCAGCGCUGCGCCGCCGUCCAGUUUGCACCACGCUGGAAAACCCAACGCUAUGAUCCAAAAGCAGGAAAUCGCGACGCCGCCGAGCUUGUCGUGCAACGACUCUACUACUGAUGUGUUCAAAUGUUCCUGUUGGGCUCUGUGUCCAGCUGGCGAUGAAGUGUGACCGGACAAUUAGAGCGCUGCCUCAGCGAGGAGCCUGUUACUGUACGCAACCUCAAAUAUUCUGGGGCUCUUUGUGAACGCGCGGUGACAAUAUCAAUGCACAUGAGGGAGAGAGAUUAAAAAGGGUAUUUCAGUGGACGAGCAGCGUGGUCCGGAGGAAUGUGUGAACGGGAACCUAGUCUGCACGGCAGCACCUGGCAUCACUAACCCUCGUUAGCCAUAGUUGGUUACCUUGAAGUGAAAAACGCGUUUGAAAUACUCUAAAUGCUCAGUUUGUGUGUUUGCCACUUAAAGGGAGGGUCCCACUAAACACUAACGGUACAUUCACUUUCCCAUUAUUGAUUUGCACAUUGUUUGCUUUACAUUUUGUUGGUCAGCGUUAAAACCAGGCCAUUAGCAACAUCUAGUAUUUAGUAUUAGUAUUUGGUUGAACACAUUUCAUUCAGUGUUUGCGUAUGUUUUUAAAGUUGUCAGAGCACCAGUGUUUGUUCAAUCCAUGAAUUACUCCCAGUAAUUAUUAUCUGCUAAACACCUUUACACGUCGACUUGCAUUUCUAUUGAAUGAAUAUUGUAAAUACAACACGGUACAGUAGCUUCUAUCAUAUUUGUUGGUCAGGGUCAGACCCUCUGUUUUAAAUAUCCUGAGGCAUAAAAAUAGUGUGUUUUUAAUCCUGGUAAAUAACGGGAGCAUAUCCACAGUACUAAUGUUUACACAAGCCUUUUCUACUUGUUAAUAUAAUUACAAGCUCAUUUGUACGGCUUAAUUUAUGGUUGUAUUUCACAGUGUCCUCUUGCUAUUGGAUGAAUAAACACACGUUUUGCAGAUCA